UGAACGAAAGAAAAAAAACAACAAAAUAUUUUGCAAAAUUUAUUCUAUUAUUGUGCUGUUUUCCCUAUAGCUGAUUAUUAUAUUACAACGUUCAAGGUAUUGUUGGAAGGAAGUUAAUGGUACUUUGUUGUCCGUAUGUUGACGUAUUAAAACCAAGGGGGAGGUGGUGCGCAUACGGAGGAGGAAGAUUAGUAGCAUGCCUAGGGUAGACAUGCUCAAACGCUGCGGGUGAUGAUGUAGCUCCACGAGCGUCGUAAGACUUCCAGGAGUGAGGAUGGGGUAUGAUGUUGGCCGGUUCCAGGGUGAUGUCGAUGAGGAGCUGAUCUGCCCUGUCUGUAGUGACGUCUUGGAAGAUCCCUUACAGGCUCCUCAAUGUGAACACGCUUUUUGCUCCAACUGUAUCCACGAAUGGUUGACACGGCAACCAACAUGUCCCGUCGACCGAACACCCAUCAUGCCAAAUCAGUUAAAACCUAUCCCGCGCAUUUUACGCAACCUCUUAUGCCGGCUGUAUAUAAAAUGUGACAAUGCAGCGUUUGGAUGCAGCACUGUGGUGAAGUUGGAUAUGCUGCAAUCCCAUCUUCACGAAUGUGAGCACAACCCAAAGAAGCCAGUUCACUGUGAACAAGGAUGUGGGCUCAUUAUACCCAAAGAUGAACUAAAGGACCAUAACUGUGUACGGGAACUUCGUGCUCUUGUCCAAUCACAACAGAUGAAGAUCGGUGAACUGCAGUCAGAAUUAGCCGACCAGAAACUCCAGAUGAAUAACCAGAAGAUGGAGAUUCAGUUAAUUAAGGAAUAUAUGCGUACUUUUCGAGCCUCAAAUCCAAGGCUGAGGGAAUUACAAACAGAAAUAGAAAAUGACGAUGUUGUUCGAUGGACAGAAACCUUACAACCAGCACGAGUCACAAGGUGGGGUGGCAUGAUCUCGACACCUGAUGCUGUUUUACAAGCUGUCAUAAAGAGGGCGCUCAUUGACAGUUCCUGUCCAUCACACAUCGUCAAUGAACUGAUGGAGAAUGCCCACGAGAGGCGCUGGCCGCACGGACUCAGUACGCUAGAAACAAGACAACUUAAUCGGCGGCAAUAUGAGAAUUACGUAGCUAAAAGAAUACCAGGCAAACAAGCAGUUAUUGUGAUGGCAUGUGAGAAUCAGCACAUGUCGGAUGAUCUCAUCAUGGAGCCUGGCCUCGUCAUGAUAUUUGCCCACGGAGUUGAAUGAGCAAUUUACAUCUUUAGAUCUGAUGUCAAUGUCUUUCCAUUAGAAUCUUCCGCUGUGGAUGAACAUCAGACAGCUGAGUGAUGCCUGCCAGGUGACCUGCCAGACGCCUGCCAGGUGCCUGCCAGGUGUCCUGCCAGGUGCCUGCCAGGUGUCUCGAGUAGAUCAUCUUCCAGAGGAACUUUGCUGGUUAAAAUCUCAUUAUGUUUAUUUUCCCUGGCCUUGCUGGUUUAGGGUUAUUGACCACCCUCAAAAGGUGUAUCGUGGGGGUAGAUGUUAUUAAGAUUUGUCCGAUGACCCUUUGAUAUGACUGUAGAACAAUGAGAAUUUGGGUCUAGGUGGGAGCGGGUUUUGUUUGAAGAGAAUGGAAUGUGUAUUGGGCUAGGCAAUAUAAUGUAAUGCUGAUCUGAACUGGCCGACUGACCUUGACAGAAUAUGAAGAUUCGAUCUUCUUCUGUGGAUGGUCUUUAAAAGCACUCAGUGUAUUCAACUUCCAUUCUGUUUCUGUUCUAGACAGGUUUAUAGUUCUGUUUGGAGGACGUGUUGGGCUGAUAUCUGACACUGAAUGCAACAAUAACUGAAUUACCAACAGUGAAUGUAUGAUCUUCUGUUUUGAAGGACUAUCAAACAGUCGUGUGCUUGUGAUUUCUAUACUGUUCCUGGUGUAGAUUGCUUUCAAGUUUCGUCAUAAAGACAUACCAUUGUAAGAGACGAAAUUGUGGGCAACUUAGAGAAAUAUUUGUGAUAUAUGUCGCCUUGGAGUGAAACCAUAGAAGCUGAAUAUAACGCUGCCAAUUAAUUUAUUAUGUGUGCUUGUAUAUGACGUUAAAAGACUGAAUGGGACUCCACCUAUUGAUGAUUCAGCACAAUAUUGAUGCCUAGCAUAGGAUGGGAUGGUGAACUGAAAGAAUGCACAGUUUUGAUGCAGAAUUGAGGGGGAAACUUGGUGCAGUCAUGUUUCAGGGCUAAUUUUGGUUUAGCUACUUGAGUCAACUGAUUUCUGUCUGUGUAUACCCGUACUACUAAAGGAGGGUGUGUGGGAUAUCAUACCCCAGUACACUAUUCAACUUAAAUUAAUAUGUGAAGUUGGGGCGGUUUGUGCUGGGGCCAGGAACUAAAUUUUUGUAUGGGGAUGGUUCUUUGCUGCAUCAGAAAAUGUUUCCAUUCUACCAACUGUCUGUGCGAAAUACUGAUGUUUGUUUUGGCUCCUCCACCAAGGAACUCUGUAAACUACAAUAAGAGCUGACCCACCAUCAUCUCCUGCUUGUUAAUGCCUCAAUACUUGCCUAUAUUCUGAGAAACCAUCAUGGAGAAACGAUUGGAAACUGUUGUUGAAUUGAAGUAGCACUGUCUUUGGUUGAGGGUGGCUGGAGUUAUGGACAACAUCAAGUAAAACUAGCCCUGUUCAAGAUCAUACUUAAAAACGUUCUGAGAAACCAAGUUUGUUACUAUGCUUAUGACAAUAAAAUAUGGUUACUAUGGUUACAAUAUUGUGAUAAUGAUGUUGCCAUGGUUAUAAUAUAAGCUGAUGUGUAUCAGUGUUGUUGAAUAAAUGUAUAAGUCUA